UGAUAUUCGACUACUUCCCUCAGACAAAAAUUGUGUUAGUAGUGUUUGAAUAAAUCUUGACUUAUACAGUGAGAAUUGUUAUUGAAUCAAGAAACGAAUCAUGAAAUUAUUGAAGAAUCUGGCGAAAACCAGUCCUGAAGAACAAGCUAGAUUUUUCAGUUCCUUCGAUCAUCUUUUAACUGACAUGGAUGGCGUAAUAUGGCUUGCCUACAGGCCCUUACCAGGAGCAGUAGAAUUCAUAAAUGGUCUCAAGAAACGAGGUAAAACCAUCCGAUACGUCACUAACAAUAGUCUGGCAUCUGUCGAAACGAUAUGGAACAUUUUGAAAAAGAAGGGAUUCGACGCAGAAAUCGACGAUCUGGCAACGCCGAUCAUUUCCGGAAUCGCCUAUUUGAGGCGAAUGAGUAUCGACAAGGCAAUUUUCGCCAUAGGCUCCCAAGAGAUGAAGGAGGAACUGAGGAAAGCGGGAUUGAAAGUGUACCCAGAUCCACCGCAACAAAUCGACGAAUCGUUACCAAGUCUGCUUCAGCUUCUGCAAGACGACGAGAAUGUUGGAGCGGUUUUCUUCAACUUUGACCCGAAUUUAACCUUCAUCAAGAUGCAAAUGAUGCUGACAUUCCUGAAAAGAGACGACUGCCAUUAUAUAGUAGGCCCUGGAGACAAACAUAUUCCCGUUGGUCCGUUAGGACCGAUUGCAGGAAACUACCACCAUAAUAAAUGUAUAGAAGAAAUUAGCGGAAGGACGGCGACAUUGAUAGCCAAACCAUCGCAAUUUUACGCAGAUUUCAUCAACAAAAAAUUCGGGAUCGCCGAUCCUACAAGAGUACUUUUCGUAGGAGAUUCGAUUGCCGAAGAUAUGAACAUUGCCACCAUGGCCGGGUUUCAAAAACUCCUUGUUCUCACAGGAGCUGCCAGUAUACAGGACGUACAGAACUGGAAGUACCCCGAGGAACAUAAACCAGAAUAUUUCGUAGAAAGUUUGGAUGUUCUGAACAACAUCUUCAAAUCGCUGGACAGACUUGGUCUCAAUAUUCCCGAUGGAUUUCUUUUGCGAACAAAAGUUCCUCAUUCGAUCGAAAUCAUGAAUUGAUUCAAUAUAAGUUUUCACUUUAUUUGUCAUUUCAAAAUUACAAAAAUUGAUAAUCUGCCUCUUGUGAGAAGUUGGAUUAUCCUCAAAAUGAUGUGUAAAAAGAGACAUAUUAUUAUUAUUAUAGACCUUUCGUAUAUA